UAAAAUACAACCAUGACAUUUUCGCCUGAAAUGUGAACUACAGCCAAAAAUAUGCUUCGAGCGAAAAUUAAAUGUCAAGCCGUUUAGCGCAACGGCUACUUUAAAUUGAAGAAGAAGAAGGUGAAAAUACUAGUGAGUUUAGUUGUUCGCAAAUUUUCCAAUAGUAAGCGGAUUUUGUUAAACUUUACAUUGACAAUUGCGAUGAAUACGUCUGCUGGUACAAGCAUGAAUGCAAAUCAACGUAAAGCGUCAAAUCAGAAUAUACAAGUUUAUGUCCGCGUCAGACCAUUAAAUGCACGGGAACGUUGCAUACGUUCAACUGAAGUUGUCGAUGUAGUAUCACCGCGAGAAAUUGUAGCGAGACAUGCCUUAGAUUCUAAAUUAACGAAAAAAUUCACAUUUGAUCGGACUUUUGGCCAAGAUUCUAGGCAGCAUGAAGUGUAUGGUACUGUGGUAGCACCAUUGAUCGAAGAAGUUCUUUCUGGGUAUAAUUGUACUGUCUUUGCUUACGGUCAAACCGGUACCGGAAAAACACAUACAAUGGUUGGCAAUGAAUGUGCAGAGCUGAAAUCAUCAUGGGAAGACGACUCUGAAAUUGGUAUAAUACCAAGAGCUUUAAGUCAUUUAUUUGAUGAAUUGAGGCUAAUGGCAUUGGAAUUUUCUAUGCGUAUAUCGUACCUUGAGUUAUAUAAUGAGGAAUUAUGUGAUUUGUUGUCAUCCGAUGAUAGUGUCAAAAUACGUAUUUUUGAUGAUAGCACCAAAAAAGGUUCCGUUAUUAUACAAGGUCUAGAAGAAAUACCAGUUCACAGCAAGGACGAUGUAUAUAAGUUGUUAGAAAAAGGCAAAGAACGACGAAAAACUGCUACAACAUUAAUGAAUGCCCAAUCAUCACGAUCGCACACAGUGUUUUCGAUUUUAGUUCAUAUACGUGAGAAUGGUAUCGAUGGAGAAGAAAUGCUUAAAAUAGGCAAACUAAAUUUAGUUGAUUUGGCGGGUAGUGAAAAUGUAUCAAAAGCUGGAAAUGAAAAGGGUAUUCGGGUCAGGGAAACAGUUAACAUCAAUCAAAGUUUAUUGACGUUAGGACGUGUUAUAACAGCAUUAGUGGAGCGUACUCCACACGUACCAUAUCGUGAGUCUAAACUUACUCGUUUGUUACAGGAAUCUUUAGGUGGUCGAACAAAAACAUCUAUAAUUGCCACAAUAUCACCAGGACAUAAAGAUAUUGAGGAGACGCUUAGUACUUUAGAAUAUGCACAUCGUGCUAAAAACAUACAAAAUAAACCAGAGGUGAAUCAAAAAUUGACAAAACGGACGGUUCUGAAGGAGUAUACUGAAGAAAUAGAUAAAUUAAAACGAGAUCUAAUGGCUGCGCGUGAUAAGAAUGGCAUUUAUUUAGCUGAAGAAACGUAUAAUGAAAUGACGCUUAAGAUGGACUCCCAACAUCGCGAAUUAAAUGAAAAAAUGUUACUAUUAAAAGCGCUUAAAGAUGAGCUGUUGAAUAAGGAAAAAAUCUUUAAUGAAGUUAGUUUAAAUUUAGUUGAAAAAACAGAGGAAUUAAAGAAAACUGAAAAGCAUCUAAAUCUGACAGCAGGCGCAUUACAAGUGACUCAAAAAAAAUUACAUGAAACCAAAAAGCGCUAUAAGGAAAAAAAAUGUUUGCUGAGUUCACAUGUCAAAACGGAGGAAAAGUUAACAAAUCAAGCAACAGAAAUUUUACGAGCUGCUGAUAUCGCUACGAAGGACACAAGUGAGCUACAUAAUACAAUUGAACGUCGUAAACAUAUUGAUGAUAAAAUCCAAACUGCCUGUGAGCGCUUUACAGAUCGUAUGCACGAAAAUUUUGAAAUUAUGGAUGAAAAUUUAUCAAACUUACUGGACAAACAUAAGUCAUACUCUCAAAUGCUUAUGGAAGAAUUUGACAAUAAUAUUGCGAACGUACGAAUUAAUUUACUUUCGGAAGCAAAUCAAAAGAUUAAUACACUAAAUGUAUUAUGCGAAAAAUCUGUGAAAUCCACAGACACUAUAACUGAGAAAUACACAAAUACUAUAAAUGAAUUGAGUGGUGAACAUAAGUCAGCAGUUUUAAAUAUGUUAGGAGAGUUGAGAAGCAAAGAUGUGGAAUUAAAAUCACAACUUGUAAACAACCUGUCCGAUAUGCAAACCUAUACUGAUGAACAGUUGGCAAACAUUAAAUCGGCCCAAAAAAGUAUAGUUGACUUUUUAGAAUUAAAUUCAAACAAUGUCAAAAUGCAAGCUAUUAAAUUAAAACACCAAAUUGAAAUUAUAAAACAAAUUCUUGCAAGUAAUCUGCUAAAUAUUGGUAAAAUACAUACCGAAAUUGUAAAUGAAACUUCUUUAGCGGCACAACAACAAGCGAUAGUCGAUGAAAUGAUUCAAAAAUUACAAUCCAUAACAGUACAGCGUAAAACAUGUUUUAGUAACAUGAGUGAAAUAAGUACAAAAUUAGAACAACAAUGUCACAAAACAAUUAAUGAAUUAGAGGUACAUGCAAAUAGCAUAGAGGAAAAUAAAGAAAAAUGUUGUGAAGCUAAUGCAAUGUCACAAAACUUAUUUGACAAACAAACUGAAACUUCUCUAAAAUGUGUUGAUAAAUAUAUUUCUAAGUGCUCAAUAUUAAAGGCUCAGAGUGAAAAUUAUUUCGAUCAACACGAGAAGUUGAUUAAAACAUUUGAAUCAAAUGAAGUAGAGCACAACACACAAACUCUUAAACUUCUAUACGAACAUGAAAGUGAGAUUAAACAAUUAUCGGAGAAAAGCAAAGAAGACAUGAAAGCAGCAUCAGAUGCCAUAGCAGAAAGCUUAAACAAUAAUUCGCAUAAUUUAAAUAGACAUAUUAUAGUAGCAAGUGAAGUUGCUACAAGUUUACAAGACCAUGUCAAUGGUUAUGCAAAUUUAUAUAAAGCACAAAUAACAAAUUGUGCGCAAGAUGUGAACACAUUCAAAGAUAGUGAAUUACAGGUUUACAAAUCAACCGGUGCAACACCGUCGAAACGUAAUUUCAAUUAUCCACGAGUCUUAGCUGCAACAUCACCGCACAAUAUUAUCGUAAAACGCUUCCGACAAGAAAAUGAAUGGUCUGAUUUAGACACAACAGCAACAAUUGAUGAGGAGGGUAGCGGAGAAGAAAAUACAAUUGAAUCUCCACAAAAAAUAUCUAGUUGCGAAUUACUACUUAACUCUACGCCAAUUGAACCUUCUGAAAGUUUGAAGACAAGUAUUAUUAGUAUUAACUAUAGUGACGGCAAUAUAUCAAAUCAAAAUUCAAGUAAAUUGCUGCGUCCAUCUAAUACACCGCAGAAUAAAACUCCAAUGAAGUCACCACGGUACAGUACACCAAUCUCGUUGACUGAAAAUAAAGAGAAUGUAUCCAGAGAAAGUUUCAAAAAACAAUCAAAGUAAAUUUUUUCAAAACUAUUUAUAUAGACUAAUUUUAAAUGUGCUGAUUUCUUAAGUCCAAUUUAUAAAUUUAUUUUUAAUAUUUUAUAUGAACUUUUUUAAUUACGAUUUA